UUGUCGGUUAAAUAAAAAUACAUUUGAUUAUUUAUCCGCUACUAUUUAUAUACCAUUUUCCUAAAACCUAAACCCUACAAUUGCAGGAGGAGACGGUGAAUAGUCCUCAGCUUCAUUACUCACAACUAGUGAAUUUGGUCGCGAAUACUUCACAACAAUCCAAAUCGGCUUCAAACAGGAAUAUAUUUGGUUUAUGUUAUGGCUCGCAACAUAAAGAAGAAGAGAGUCCCUAAGAAAAAAAAGAAUAUUAAGAAAGAGGAGGGAACCUCAAAAUCUGUAGAACAAUCUGCCAAGGUCUGGCAGCCAGGAGUUGAUAAACUUGAAGAAGGAGAGGAACUUACAUUUGAUAAAACUGCUUAUGAUUGCAUGCAUGCAUUUGAUAUUGGAUGGCCUUGUUUAAGUUUUGAUAUAAUACGUGAUACGCUGGGAUUGGUGCGCACUGAAUUCCCUCAUACUUUCUACUGCGUGGCUGGAACUCAGGCAGAUCUUGCAGUGAAUAAUGCGAUCGGAAUAUUUAGGUUAUCAAAUGUCAGUGGUAAGAAUCGAAAUCUGCAUAAAUGCAUGAAUGACAAUGAAAGUGAGAGUGAUAGUAGCAGUGAUGAAGAAGAUGACGGUGAUGAUGAUUUGGGCAUGGAGUCCAAGAUGGCCACCUUACAGGUGCGCAAGGUCGCUCAUCAAGGCUGUGUAAAUCGUAUACGUUCAAUGGAACAGCAGCCACAUAUUGUUGCAACAUGGUCUGACAAUGGCUAUGUACAGGUUUGGGAUGUCAGUGCACAUUUGAACUCAUUGGCAAUGUCAGAUCCAAGAAUUAGCACAGGAACUAGCAAUGUUGUACGUCAGGCUCCCUUACAUGUUUUCAGUGGACACAAAGAUGAGGGAUUUGCAUUAGACUGGAGUCCUGUUACACCUGGAAGGCUUUUAUCUGGUGAUUGCAAAAGUUGCAUACAUCUUUGGGAGCCUACAUCUGAUGGAAAAUGGGCUGUAGAUAAAAGAACUUUUAAAGGUCACACAGAUAGUGUUGAGGAUCUGCAGUGGAGCCCCACUGAAGCCAAUGUCUUUGCUUCUUGUUCUGUCGAUGGAACAGUAGCUAUAUGGGAUACACGAAUUUUGGACAAACCAGCAAUUUCAAUAAAGGCACAUGAUGCAGAUGUCAAUGUUAUCUCAUGGAAUCGGCUGGCUAGCUGCAUGAUAGCAUCUGGAAGUGAUGAUGGAAGCUUUUCCAUUUGGGAUCUUAGAGCAGCUAUGGGAGACUCCUGUGUAGCUAAUCAUACAUAUCAUAGGCAUCCUAUCACAUCUAUUGAAUGGAGUCAUCGUGAAGCUUCAACACUUGCGGUUUCAUCAGCUGACAAUCAGUUGACGAUAUGGGACCUUUCAUUAGAGCGUGAUGAAGAAGAAGAAGCACAGUUUAAAGCCGAAAGAAAAGAAAAUGUGGAUGCACCGGAAAAUAUACCGCCACAACUACUUUUUAUUCAUCAGGGUCAAAAGGAUAUCAAAGAGAUGCAUUGGCAUGCUCAAAUCCCAGGACUCCUUAUUUCUACUGCUGCUGAUGGGUUUAACGUUUUGAAGCCAUCAAACAUACUCAAAGAUCUUGCAGAAUAAAGAGGAAUUCUUAAGUACUAUCCGGAUACCUGGAAACAACUUUCCACCAAGUAAUUUGCAUUUUUAUUGGCUUGACAAACAAAGGGAUUUUUCUCUAUCAAAUUAAAUUAAAUGUAUUUAAAUCCUGUUUAGCUUAUUUAGCAGCAUCAUAAUCUGUGUUCCUGAGACAUGCUGGUUGGAAUUUUAGUUUUUAAUUUUUAUUGUAAAAAUGUGAUUAAAUUUGAUAAGGCAUCUUUGAAGGUUUUCCCUUACAAUUCGGAUCAGUUAUAACUGAAUGCAAUGAGAUGACAAGCUCCCAAGGGCAUAGAAAUAAUGUUGAUCUUAAUGGGAUUAAUAGAUUAUGGAAUUCUUAGAGGCUUCAA